UACGUACGUUAACGUCAUGUUUCUAUUGGCCCGUUGCGAAGUUAAUUGGCGACGGGAACCAGCUGUCAUCUAUUUAGAUAGUAAGAUUGAGGGUGCUCGGCGGCAUAUUCAAAACACACGGAGGAUGGACUCGGCUCACAGUGGAAGUAUCUGUAGGCGUUUCAUAAAUGGCUCAUGCAGGUUGGGUCCGAGGUGUCAUUAUCGCCAUGAACUGACAACUAUACCCUCAGCCCAAAUAUGCAGGUACUUUCAGAAAGAUGGAUGCUGGUAUGGUGAACGCUGCAGGUAUCUCCAUGUUCUUCAGCCUGAAGCCGGUGCAGCUGCUGCUGGUAGAAGAAGUUCAGUACCUACCGUCUCCUCCUCUAGUGUGGCGUAUGCCCUGCCCAACAGAAGAAGAGGGUCGGAGCCUGCUCUUCUGCAGGCUGAGCUGAUGUCCAGAAGAUCAGAGUUUGUGGUUAAUGUCUCAAAUCAUCAGCACAGUGUUGGGCAUCGUGCAGCAGAUAUCGCUGAGGAACAAUCACAAGACACAGACUCUCAUCUCCCUCCUUCUUGGGAAUCGACCGGGAGCUCAGAAGUUGCUCAGUCUCGUGAUGGAAGUAAUGAGCAGCAAACUUCCUCCAAUGAGAUGACAGAUGGUGGAGCUGCUGCUGCCUCUAAUACCCAGGGGAAAGUAGAUGACAUGGAGGCCUUCCUCCAGAGUAAAAAUGUGACCUGUGGGAUCUGCAUGGACAAGGUGUAUGAAAAGGCGGAUCCACGGCGGCGGGUUUUUGGAAUUUUGCCAAGCUGCAAUCACUCCUUCUGUUUAGAAUGCAUCAUGACCUGGAGGAAAACAAAAGACCUCGGGCUGGACGCUGUUAAGAGCUGCCCACAGUGUAGAGUGAGGUCUGCCUUUUAUGUGCCUAACAAAUACUGGGUUGAAGGACAAGCCAAGGAGAGUAUAAUUGCUGCCUUCAAGGAAAAAUUCAGUAAGAAAAGUUGCAGUUAUUAUGCGCGAUACAGAUGCUGCCCGUUCAAAUCGGAGUGCCUUUAUCGGCAUGACAAACGAGAACACCACGGGUCAUUUCAGCGGUUUCCUACAGAAGAAAUAGAUGACUAUGGUGGCGUAGAUCUGGUUAGUCUACUUAUAGCGAUGACACUUCUCAGUGAUGACGACAGCGACGAUGAAGAUGAAGACUUUGACUUUCGUUUCUUACUAUCUGGGGACUAUGGUUUCUGAGCUUUUCAUUUUUUUUUGUCAGUGCCUGAAACCACUGAAUGGGGUCCUAAUUGUAAAAUUGUCCCCUGAAGAACACAUUCAUGUGUUUUUGACCUGUCUGUCCUCUGUGGGAUUUUCUAUCGAAGCAUCAUCUUGAGUAACCAUGAACAAGGGUCUCAACCAUGCACCAUCGAGAGCAAAGUGUGCUCAGAUUUUUAGUCAGACUGCCACAGGCAAUUUUACUGGCCCAUACUCCUUUUAACCAGAGGAACUAACCUGUGAAACAAACCUGUUAGUCUCUGUUUGGAGAAUGUGUAUACUCUGCUCUUCUACAGCAACAUUGUCUGUUGCCUCUGCUCUAGUAAAAGCAUCCCUGUGUGGGACAAAUCUUGUUCUCUAAUGAUCUUGAGGUUAAUCUGUGGCCUCCUAGUUAGAAUUUAUAUUGUCGAUGUGAUGCCACAGGGCUAUAAACACAUUGCAGAUUGUUAAUUUUCGAUUUGUCCUCACAGUUUGCACCAUUUUUAAAGUGUUUGAGUGUUAGUUUUAAUUAACUACAGAUAAAAAGUAUUCUGGACCCCCUUCUUGCUUGUGUCUACUGCUGACUAUACUUGCCUUAAAAUCAGUCACGACGCCCUUCUCGUUUAGGCAAGAAAGUCACAUGUAAAGAUUUUAUUUCUUUUAAACAAGUUGUACUUGAACACAAAAAAAAUAAAACAUUGCUUCACACCUUGUCUCAUCAAAAAA